CAUAUCACCAUGGGUUCUAUCUCUGAAUUCCCCCGCAUCAAGGCCAUCCGUACCUUCGUCAUUGACGGAGUCGGCUCUGGCGGUGAUUAUCACAAUGUCAAGGGCGGUCACUGGCUGAUCGACAGCAACAUUUCCACUCCUAUGACCAAGUGGGCAGAGUACCGUGGCUCGCGGACAUCCUGGGGUAUCAACGUGUUGGGCUCAUUCUGCGUCGAGAUUGAGGCUACCGAUGGAACAAAGGGCUUCGCAACUGGUUUCGGUGGUCCUCCUGCCUGCUGGCUCACCCACCAGCACUUUGAACGCUUCCUGAUUGGCGCUGACCCCCGCGAUACGAACAACCUGUUUGAGAAGAUGUACCGGGCUUCCAUGUUCUACGGCCGCAAGGGUCUGCCAGUCGCCGUUAUCUCAGUCAUUGAUUUGGCGCUGUGGGAUCUGCAGGGCAAGAUUCGCAACGAGCCCGUCUACAAGCUCAUUGGAGGUGCCACUCGCGAGCGUCUGCACUUCUACUGCACUGGACCCCAGCCCGCCUCCGCCAAGGGUAUGGGCUUCAUCGGUGCCAAGGUCGCUUUGCCCCACGGCCCUGAUGAGGGCACUGAGGGUCUGCUUAAGAACGUCGAGUACCUGCGUCUGCAGCGCGCCAGCGUUGGACCCGACUUCCCUCUCCGUGUUGACUGCUACAUGUCCCUGACUGUCCCAUACACCAUUCAGCUGGUUAAGCGCUGCGAGGCUCUGGGUCUGGAUAUUGACUGGUGGGAGGAGUGCUUGUCCCCCGAUGACUUUGACGGCCACGCUCUGCUGAAGCGUGCCCACCCGACCGUCAAGUUCACCACCGGUGAGCACGAGUACUCUCGCUACGGCUUCCGCAAGUUGGUCGAGGGCCGUAACUUGGAUAUCCUCCAGCCCGACGUGAUGUGGGUUGGUGGUAUGACCGAACUCCUCAAGGUCUCUGCUCUCGCCGCUGCCUACGACAUCCCCGUUGUCCCCCACGCCUCCGGUCCUUACUCCUACCACUUCGUCGUCUCCCAAUCCAACAGCCCCUUCCAGGAAUACUUGGCCAACUCUGCCGAUGGCCACACCGUGGAACCCGUCUUCGGCAACCUCUUCCUCAACGAGCCCAUCCCCGUCAACGGAUACCUCGACGUCUCCGUUUUGGAUAAGCCUGGAUUCGGUCUAGAGCUUAACCCCAAUGCCCCUCUGAUCCCAGCUUCUGCUCUUCUUACUCCUGCGCCUCAAAAGAGCCUGCGUGCUCCGGAGGACCAGGCUCCUAACGGCUCGGUUGAGGGACAUUAA